AUGACGGAGGUAACGAAGGAAGCGUUAAACGAAGCGAAAAAGAAGCGGAGAUGUGCAAAAUCGAGUGUUACAAGGGCAGGAAAUGGCUUGGAUUAUUUAUUGAAAAAUGAGAGACCUAUACCGGAAGUUGAGGAAUCACUCGCUAAUUUGGAAGAUUUAUGCAAGAAAUUGGUUGAAAAACACGACGAAUAUAUUCAGUUGGUGGAUGGCGAUGAAGAAUUUGCAACUGAGGAAGAAUGGAUUGAAGAUUGUCAACAGAGGUUUAUGCAGAUAAGGAUCAGAACAAAGGAUUAUUUAAAGGACAAGUCACAAGGUCAGUUUGAAAAUGAAACAAACCCAGAAACAGGUUUAGUGCCCAAUCAAACCGAGACAACUGUUAGUGACAAUGGGCAGCAAGAGCAUGACGGUAUCCCUGGGUCUGGUCAAGGCCCAUCCCAUCAAG